AUGGAAGAGUACAUGUCAAACACCCUUUAUGGAGGAAUCCCUUUUCACAUCGGGAAUCUUUCAUUAUUGCAUACUCUUCGAUUAGGUGGCAAUUUUGAUACAAAAGCUGAGGAUGCAAAGUGGUUGUCUACUCUCCAUUCCUUGACAACUCUUGAGCUGAGUUCAGUGCGUAAACUUGGCUCCUCUCACCAGUGGCUACAAAGCAUUAGUAAGCUCAUUCCAAACUUAACAGAGUUGAGGCUAAUUGAUUGUAAUCUUUUGGAUUAUGAUAUUCAAUCAUUGUUCCAUUCUCCUUCUUCUAACUUUUCCACUUCUCUUACCAUCCUAGAUCUCUCUUCUAAUAUGUUGACAUCACCAUCAACACUUCAACUCCUGUUUAACUUUAGCCUCCAUCUUCAAGAGCUUUAUCUUUCUUAUAAUAAUAUUGAUUUGUCAAUUUCUCUACGUCUAAAUUUCCCAUCUCUUAAGACCCUCGACAUCUCUUAUAGUAGUCUACCAUCAUCGAUGUUUCUAGCUAAUUUUAAUAUCAGCUCCAAACUACAAGAGCUUUAUCUAAGAAACUGCAGUCUUGUAGAUAGAAAUUUCCUUGUUUCAUCUAGUUCUACAAUGAAUUCUUUUUCUUCUCUUCUCUACCUUGAUCUCUCCCACAACUUGUUAAAAUCAUGCUCCGUAUUUUACUGGCUUUCUAACUUCACUACAAAUCUUCGUACCCUUUACCUUCCUUAUAAUUUCUUAGAAGGUCCCAUUCCAGAUGAUUUUGGGAAAGCGAUGAAAUAUCUUGUAAAUCUUGUUUUUGUUGAACAUUCAAGGACUUGA